GCACGAGCCCCGACCCUGCCCACACGGCUCUGCCCGAGCAGGCAGCUGCACGCCGGGCUCUAUUGAGGGAACGGCUCAGGGUGUGGGGCUGGGGGACGUUCUUCGGUGGCCGCUAGUGACGGGCGGAGCUGAGAGAGGGCCGUCAGGUGCCCGCCAGGAACACGGCCUGCUUGGAAGAGCUUAAGAUUGCACAGAGAAAUGUUUCCUUUAAGAGAUACUGAGAUGGGUGCUUCCACCUUCUUUGCCUCAGCUCUUCCGCAUGAUGUUUGUGGAAGUAAUGGCCUUCCUCUGACACCCAACUCCAUCAAAAUUUUAGGGAGGUUUCAAAUCCUUAAAACAAUCACCCAUCCUAGGCUUUGCCAGUACGUUGAUAUUACCAGAGGUAAACAUGAGAGACUGGUUGUGGCUGCUGAACACUGUGAAAAUAGUCUGGAAGAUUUGCUACGAGAGGGAAAACCAGUCAGUUCCUCGAGGAUUUUAUGUAUUGCAUAUGAAGUUUUGCAAGGUUUGCAAUAUAUGAACAAACAUGGAAUGGUCCACCGAGCGCUCUCCCCUCGCAAUAUUCUUUUGGAUCGAAAGGGACACGUUAAGUUGGCUAAAUUUGGACUUUACCAUAUGACUGCUCAAGGUGUUGAUGUUGAUUUUCCUAUAGGGUACCCGUCUUAUCUGGCACCUGAGGUAAUUGCACAGGGAAUAAUCAAACCACGUGAUCAUACUCAGUGUGAGAAGCCUCUGCCUUCUGGCCCUAAAUCGGAUCUCUGGUCUCUUGGCAUAAUACUAUUUGAGCUUUGUGUGGGGAGAAAAUUGUUCCAGACUCUGGAGAUAGCAGAAAGGUUAAAAUUUGUAAUUGCACUAGGCUAUGUAGAUGAUAUUGUGACUGUAUUAGCUGAAGAACACGGUUGCCUUGAUAUUAUUAAGGAUCUUUCUGAAAAUGUCAUAACUCUGCUGAAAAAAUGCCUUACGUUCCAACCUUCUAUGAGGCCAACUCCAGAGGAAUUGAUGCGUGACUGUUUGUUCAGUGAAGUAUCUUUGGCAUACCCUCCCUUUCACAAACCUGCUGGACUGUUCUCGUCCUCUCCAAGGUGUGCUGACUUAACGCUGCCUGAAGACAUAAGUCAGUUAUGCAAAGAUGAAGAUAAUGAUUACUUAGCAGAAAGAUCAAUUGAAGAGGUUUAUUAUCUCUGGUGUCUGGCUGGAGGAGACUUAGAGAAAGAACUUGUCAACAAGGAAAUCAUUCGAUCAAAGCCACCUAUCUGCACGCUUCCCAACUUUGUGUUGGAAGAUGGUGAAAGCUUUGGGCAAGGACGAGAUAGAAGUUCCCUUCUAGAUGACACAACUGUGACUUUGUCUCUGUGCCAGCUCCGAAAUAGACUGAAGGAUGUUGGUGGGGAAGCAUUUUAUCCGUUACUUGAAGAUGACCAGUCAACUUUACCUCAUUCAAAUAGUAGCAGUGAGCUGUCUGCAGCUGCCAAUCUACCUCUGAUCAUCCGGGAGAGGGACACAGAGUAUCAGCUAAACAGAAUUGUUCUGUUUGACAGACUGUUGAAGGCCUACCCUUAUAAGAAAAACCAAAUCUGGAAAGAAGCCAGAGUUGACAUCCCUCCUCUUCUGAGAGGCAUGACCUGGGCUGCUCUGUUGGGUGUUGAGGGUGCCAUUCAAGCAAAAUAUGAUGCCAUUGAUAAAGACACACCGAUUCCUACAGACAGACAAAUUGAAGUUGAUAUUCCUCGUUGCCAUCAGUAUGACGAAUUGCUGUCAUCACCUGAGGGUCAUGCGAAGUUUAGACGUGUAUUGAAGGCCUGGGUUGUUUCCCAUCCUGAUUUGGUAUACUGGCAAGGCCUCGAUUCUCUUUGUGCACCAUUCCUAUACUUGAACUUUAACAAUGAAGCUCUGGCAUAUGCUUGCAUGUCUGCUUUUAUACCUAAGUAUUUGUAUAACUUCUUUCUGAAGGAUAAUUCUCAUGUUAUCCAAGAGUAUCUAACGGUGUUUUCUCAGAUGAUUGCAUUCCAUGAUCCAGAGCUGAGCAACCACCUUAAUGAAAUUGGUUUCAUUCCUGAUCUCUAUGCUAUUCCGUGGUUUCUUACAAUGUUUACACAUGUCUUUCCUUUGCAUAAAAUUUUUCACUUGUGGGAUACAUUAUUGCUUGGAAAUUCCUCCUUCCCAUUCUGCAUAGGGGUGGCUAUACUUCAACAACUGAGGGAUCGUCUUCUCGCAAAUGGAUUCAACGAAUGCAUUCUCCUUUUCUCAGACUUACCAGAGAUUGACAUUGAGCGUUGUGUUCGUGAGUCAAUCAACCUGUUUCGCUGGACCCCAAAGAGUGCUACGUACAGGCAAUAUGCACAGCCUCCUCGGCAAGCCAGUGAGAGCAGCAGCACAAGAAGUUCAAUGUCCUGCUUUUCUGUAGAUUAUCAGGAAGCACCUCGAGGUGACCUGUCUAGAGAUUCUAUCAAGUUGGAUGACCUGAAGGCAGAGGUGUCACCAAGGAUUUCAGCAGAAGAUCUGAUUGAUCUUUGUGAACUGACAGGACCAAGUCAUUCCAAAACACCUAUAAAAAAAACAAAGUCUAGCAAGCCAAAGUUGCUGGUGGUGGACAUCCGUAACAGUGAAGACUUUAACCGUGGCCACAUCUCUGGCAGCAUCAACGUCCCAUUUGCAUCAGCAUUUACUGCAGAAGGAGAUCUCAUCCAGUGCCCAGCAACUGCCACGCUCCAGAGCUUUAAAGGAAGAGUUGUGGUGAUUGUAGGAAAUGCAGUGAAGAACACAGCUGCUUUUGCAGCUCAUCUGGUGAAGAGCAAGUACCCACGGGUCUGCAUCCUAGAUGGAGGAAUCAACAAGAUCAAACCAACUGGUCUCCUCACUGUUCCUUCUCCACAAAUAUAAAUGACUGUAAAUGUUCAGGAUGAUUUGUCUGAAUAGGCAAGUCUUGCAGUACAGCAUCAAUAUUCAGUGACUCUGUUAUAUAGUUUUUGGGUGAUCAUUAUCUCACCUUGCACAUCAAGAGCAAAGUUUUAUGAUUGUUCUUUGAUAUAGAGCUUCAUCUGCCACGGAUGAAAAAUGUGAAUCUUCCUGUUUUCUGAGUAACUUCUUUCAGGGGUGAUGUAGUGCAAAACCAGCAGAGCUCACCUGAGCUCAGUUAGUGUUCGGUAUCUUAGAAGUUUUUCUGCAGAAUGGCAUAUACUGGCAAUGGAUAGCCCUAAGCUGUACUUAAAUAGAUUGUUUUUCAAAAGUAUUUUACUGUGAAUAUUGAAAGUAAUGAGCUGAAAUUGUCAGGUGUAUCAAAGAAGGAAAAGAUGUGUCCUCUCAUUUUAAAGAAUAAUUGCUGUAUCUUGUGACCUAUUCUUUUUUCUUUUUUCGAAAGCAUUUUUCAUCUGGAUUGGAAAUAAAGAUAUGUCCUAGAUUGGAGAUUGCUGUAAGAGCUGCUGCUAAGUGAAUUCAAGCUGUAUCAUGUACUGCAGAAGUGGAGAAGAGUUGCUGUUAAGUGGAGAAUUUGGCAUUCAGUUUCCUGAAACAUGGCAAAUAUGACCAUUUCUUAGACAAUUAUUGCAACAACAACAGAUUAUCGACAAUGCUUUAUCUGUGACAAUAGAUUGGGUACUCCACAAAUAAUAGAGUUUAUCUGUGUUAGAAGCUCACACCUUAACGAGAAACAAUACACUUUUAAUUUUCAUAUGGAAACAGCUUAGAGAAAUCUUUAAUACAGGAAAACAAGGUUGUUAAAAUGUAUGUUAAAAUGAUAGACAGUAUGUCUUUGAACUUAAUUUUUUCCCAAUUCUCACUUGCUUUAGAUAGGCACUAAGAAGAAGCUCUUCCAUUUGUUUCUACAUUUUUCAAGUUUAGAAAAUACUAGUAUAAAGCUUAAUAAGCACUGAAACUUGGAGUAGAAAAUAUGAUUUGUAAAAAGCCUGGUUACAGUUGCACAUUAGUUUCCAUUGUGAGCUUAACACCAUGCUCUUUGUUAAAACAAAAACUGUGAGACAAUACUUGACUUCAUACAACUUCACUGUUAGGAUAACAAGGAUCUGCCCUGAGAGAUAUUGCUACUUAUCACACACCUUAGUUGGGGAUUUUCUAUCGUGAUUGGUUUAUAGAUUGGCAAAUAAGAACAUUGUGUUAACUAACUUCAUUUCCUUUUAGUUUGUCACAAGAGAUUUCCAAGGCAAAACAGUUGUGAAAGGGGAGAAGAGGUCACGGAGAAGGUUGUGAACUCAGCCCAUGAACAUUCUCUGUAGAUCACAGGCAAAAUGAUUACUUGUAACAUUUUCUGUUAUUUUGUGUAACUGAUACCGUGGAAUACCAGGCAUUGUGGAAGGCGUUGAAAGAAGACUUGUUUUCUUCUGUGGAUGACCAGAAGAUUUUAAUCUGAACCUUCAGAAGCUAGUCUCUCUGGAGUUGGUACUGUUUCCAGGGAGGUUCAUUCUUACUGCAGCUGUUACUUUGCAAACCAUAGAGGAAAAGUGUGAUGAGUGAAAAGAAUAGAGUGGAAAAAAAAAAAAAACAUAAUUCACCUCUCCUUAUCUUAGCUGUGAUUUGUCUUAAAAACAAACAAACAAAAAAGCCCCAACAGUACAGCAUUACAGCAUGCUAAUGUGUAUAUGGACUAGGGUCGGCAUCAUAUCCUGAAGCUUUCAAGAAGUUUUUACUCUUUAAAACUCUUAAGAUCUUUGGUAGAGUGACUGGGUAAGGAGAUCAGAAGACAAAGCUAGGAGGCAGUUGAUCACAUUUCUACAUCAGCAAAAGCUUUCUGCAAGAAUGUCUGGCAAGGUCUUUUGAGCUUGGUUAACUUUAAAAGUGAUGCAAAAGUGGGAGAACUGGGCAGACAACCUGCUUGCUAAUAGGACAAACCCAUCGUAUUGAUCAAACUUUUGUUUGGCUACUUGGAGAAAGAAAAAAAACUUUGCAGUGCCCUGAAGAACCAGUUCUAGCCCUAGUUUGUGGUGAAUUCAUUGAUAGAUAUCAUCUCAGAUGCUUAACAGCAACUGGAAGGCUCACCCAGAGUGUCAGUGACUGUAGUGAAGGGAAUGAACAGAACAAGUUACUCCAUCACAGAAAUAAACUGCAUGGUAUGUUUUAAAUAAACGCAGUGGCGUUAUAAUUAAAAAAAAAAAAAAAAGAUCAUUGUCUUCUAAAAAGAGGCAACCUAUACAGAAUAUUCUCCCAAAAGUACAUCCUUAAAUUGUGGAAUUUGUUGCCAGAAGAGACCAGAAGUGUAAAAAUACUCAUAAAGAGGGAUCAGAGAUUUGUGGGAGAGCUGAGUCUUGGCCUGUUAAACACAAUGUUUUAUAAACAGUCUGCAACUCCAAGGAAUUUUUGAUCUCUUGAUUAAUUGAGACUGAAAGAAUAUACCAGAAUAAGAUUUCACACUGUUUCUUGAAUUCCUUUUUCACAUAUCUGCCUUUGAGAAAUUUUGGGAUAUACCUAAUACAGCAGUUCAGGUGAUGUUAUAUUUAUUAAAUAGAGUGUAUUAUGAAGAUAUGAAACAACGUUUUAUGUUAUAUAUUAUGGUAUAAUAUAUGCAUAAUUAUAAAAAAUAUAUAUUUAAGCCCACCUUGUCUUUUCCAUCUCCUUUGUUACAGGUAUUCAGAAAAGGACUGUAAGCCCCAAGAAUAGAAUGUCUUUAAGAAAACAGGAUAUUUUGUGUCCCCAGUUCCUCGUUCCUUUAGUAGGAAAGGUAGGAGGUGUUCAGUAUCACCUGCAGCUAGUAUUUAGAGUGAGAAGACAAAUUAUCUUUUGAGUGAAGCAGAUUCAGCACUUCCUUUUUGACUAAUGCAUAUGUUUUUAUUAUUUAAAUAUUUAACGUUAUAGAUUUCAUCCACAAUAUUGCUCAGUUCUGGCUUUGAAUUUAUCUAAGUAAGGUUUGAGUCUUAUAUAUUCCAUUUUUGUGUGGAUAUAUUUUUGACAUAGAACUUAAAAGCUGCCUUUUAAGUAAGUAAGUAAGAGCUUAUGUUACAAAGUGAUUUUUAUACGUAUUUUUCAUGAGAAGUUGUGAGAGAACAUGUGAAAAGCAGGGUAUGUCAAGAACUACUGAACAAUGCUGACUUUUCCCACGUUAACAGAACUACCUGGAAAGUUCUGUAUCUAGCAGUUACAGAUCUGCCAGUUGCUGGUAUACCUGUACUUACCACUUUAGUCAGCGUUUUUGAAACUGUGCCUGUAAAUAGGCACACUAUGUCUGGAUUCAGUUAGAUUAGACAGAUGCGCAGUCACAAAAUUAAUUUUAAACUCCUUAUCCCUAGAAAAUGCUUGUGUUUUGUGGUAAUUUCUCAUUAGAUAAUUUAUCUUGGUUUUGUGGUGGUUAUGCAGUUUAAGAAAUGAGUGUCAAAACACUUUUACUUAGUUAUUCUGCCAAUUUUGGCAGUUUUCUGGUGGAACAAGCAGUUGUCAGGUUUCAUAGAGCUCUUGAGAGAUUUCUGGAGGCCAGGUUAUUUUAUCGUGUAUAUUUCUGUUACCAUUGCUUGGCCAGCAAUGCUGUGCUCAUUCUUUGCUUUAGACUACAGCUAUAUACCAGGGAGAUCUAGUAGGAGCAAGCAGCUACCAGUCUUCUGAGCUGAUGUUUUCUACUGCUAGAAGAAAAAUAUCCCAGCUAAAUAUUUCCCACCUUUUGGACUGGAAAAUGCAGCCUUUCUCAAACUCUUUUUUUCUGUCCUACAGUUUCAAAAACAUUCUGAAAUUGCUCCAGCCCUUUAGCCCAUAGCUUCCUGCCAGGGCAGUCAGGAACCCAUGGAGUGUUCAGGUGCGCGUCUAGGGACAACAGGGCAAAGGAGAUUAAACCCUCUUUUCUCAGUCUUGCAUCUGUUGAUCAUUGCAAACAAUUAAAUAAUUGCUGUUUAACUAGGAUGUCUUUUGAGAAUGUUAUUAGACUUUGUUUCUGCAUCGUUUGGUUUUCGUUCUUUCUAAAGCAGAUAACUGUUAUUUUUAAAUUUUAGUAUGUUUCCUAUUUUAGAUUUCUAUUCUCCCUGUUGCCCAUAUAGAUUAUUUGGUAGACAGUCUUUCUAAUAUUUCUGACAUAAAAAUUAUAACCACAGCAUCUAGGCACAUGCAGGUUUGUAUUCUUGUACUUAAGUGAUUUAUUUUUCUGAUCUCCUAAUUUUUCUUAUACAAGUGUGAUGGACUAACUGAUUUGUUGGAAUGGACAAAGGUUUGAUUGUGAUCAACGUCCUUUCCUUGUGUCUUUUUCAAGGCUUUAAGCUAUCAUUGUAUUGUGCAGGCAUAAUACAGUGGUGCAAUGUUUUUUCUGUGACCUUCUAGAUAUAGUUGAAUACUUACCAAAUUUUUAGAUCUGCCAUCCCUUCUUUAUGAGUAUUACCUUCCAUAGGAAGGCUUGUCUUCUCCCACCUUUGUUGUCUUCCUAAGAACCUGCUGUAAGAGUGCCUGUGAUUGGGUUCUUAUGAAAUAGUUGUAUGUUACAGUCAGUGAGGCUACUCUUGCUGCUCGAUUCAGCUAAGGAAGAUGAAUAUUGGAGUAUCUCUUAGAUGGAAUGCAUGACACACAGCUCAAAUAAUGUUUCACAAAGGUAGUGUGGUAGUUUUGUGGCCUGAGACAUACUUGCUGUUCCUGUUUGCGGGGCAUUGAUGUCCAGAAUAUCCUUUUUGGAGAUUCAAUUUUUGUUUAUUACUUUGUAAUACUUAACUUAAUAUGUACUGGCUGAGCAAACACCAGAUUUGUGUAUUCAACUAGCUAAACUGUAGACUUUCCUUUUUGUUUGAAUCUCAAGCUACAAUGUUAGUAUUGUCAUUCUUUUAAAUUUCCAGUAUUGGUAAGGAUGUCAUGCCAGAAAACAUGUUCUGUUUUGGAAGUAGAGUUUCAUCCGCCUUUCAUCCACCAUAUGAUCUAAAGAUUGCUAAUGGUAGUGCUUUUUAAGCAGUCCCACUGAAUACCUGUUGGACAGCAGUCUGCAUUCUGAGACAACAGCAUCUGUAUUCUGUGAAGUUAGGUUCAAAAAAACAUCUCGUACUGCCAUCAUCAUGUUGAACGUAUCUCAGUACUGCACUGGGGCUGACUUUUUUUUACCAACAUUAAAUGGACCAGUGUUACACAGUGUUUAAAGAGAAACUGGUUGGGAAGGAAAAAAAAAAUUGAGUAUUAUUGCCAUUAGACCAACUUGCAAUUAGCUCUUGUAAAGCUUUCUCUAAUACUCUAAUGCAUUUAAUUGUGAUGUAAGUGGAUAUUCAAGUUAAGCUCUAGUAAUGGUCUUGCAUGUGUUGAUAGAGUGACACAAACAUGUGCACUGUUAGAAUAUAUUUUUUUUGUCCUCUAGGACAAAAGCAUUAGUCCUAGUGCUCUAGGAGCUGUAUCCCAUAGUGUACAGAUACUGAGUUUCCAGACUCAGUAAUCUGUGUGAAAGAACAGACACAGUUGAGCAACCCAGGUGGUAGUCAUUGUGUUUAAUGGGAAUAACCAAGAGAAAUGUUGUAUACAACUGUAUUGUUUAGUAUUUCCUAACUAAAGCAGUAUUAAAUUUUUCUCUUCUUUCUUAAUCUGAGCUUAUCUUUGACAUCAUGUCACUUUAAAGAGUUAUUGCAUCUGGUGAUAUCAGCUCUUCCAGCUGAGCUAGCCAAGGAAAUAAACCUGUGAGUACAGAACAGGUAUACUGAACAAUUUAUUUUCUUUUUUAGAGAGAGAUUGGGUGAACACGGCAGUAGUUUGAGUUGUUGGGCUAUUAAUGUGUGCCUUGAUACAAACUUUUGAUGUCUUAGGUAAUCUGAGGAACUCAUUCCCCUUAGUAAAACGGGCUAAUAACGCUUUCUAAUGUUACUUGGUCGGGACAAAGAAAUAUAGUGAGUACCAUGACCAAUUAGAAUGCUACAGUACCAGGACAAUGCAGAAACUUAAGAGUAACUUUCCUGGGAACUAAGCUGUUUCAUGGGAAGGACAAAGAUAAACGAUAGAAAUGAAUUCUUCAUGAUUAAUUUUGUAAACUAUCCUUUUCCUAGUAAGUGUUACUAAUGAAUAUGUGUCAACACUGUAGUAACUACUCACGUAGUCAUUAAUAUUAUGGUAGAUAGCAGUAUUUAUGAAGGAGCCUUUGUAUUGCAAAGCUUACUAUACUUGAUUAGUUACAUCCAGCUAGUGUAUACAAAAUAUUCUUGUGCAAUUAGGGAAUAAUACAAUCUGAUCAAUUGUCAAUGGCUGAUAUUUUUCUUUAAUGUUACUCUAAAUUGGAGCCUUUUGUAAAACUACCUCACGACAAGAUUUACAGCCCUAGAAUAUCAACAGUAAAAUCAUAGCUUCCUUUAUAAAGCAGAAUCACAAGCAUAAUAAGAAUAUUUCUAUUACUAACUUCAGUUCUCUUUUAGCAAUUCAAGCAAGUUAGUUUUGUGCAGGGAAGUUACGUGUAGAAGAGGGAAAGCAGAUCAGUUUGCAUAACUCUUUCAUGUCCUUCUACGAUUGUUAAGGAAUAAAAACUACUGCAUCAGCAGUACUGAAACACCAGCUUCUUUUUGCUUUUAUUUUCUCACAGCUUCUCAGUGAGGAAAUAUAGCACUGAGGCCAGCAUGCUCUUUUUUUGCUCUUAGUUUUUGCUCACCUUCCCUGUUGGAUUCAUGUGAGAGAUUUUCUUAAAGAGUUUUUAAUGCUCUGAUUGUGUGACCUACUCCUGGAAAUUGCUUGCUCCUUAUUAGCAGAUGCCCAAAGUCACUGACAUUAGCAUCCCUUGUAAUGAAGGGAGAUUGCUGCCAUGCAAAGGGAAAGGAGAGAGAAAUGGAAAAUUCCUCUCAGUGCCUCCCCUGGAAAGGCAGCCUUCUCAUAAUGAAUCACCAAGAGAAGUCUUCAUGAUGAUGGAUGGGGACCAGUGGGGGUGGCAGGAAAGAGUUGAAGGCAACAGGGAGUUAUUCUCUAAUUAUUCUUUCCUGACAAGAUAGAGUAACAGACACAUAGGGCUGUACAUCAAACUACUGCUUCUUGCACUCUGCUCAUUACAGAAGCACCAGCAUCCCUCAUGGGCUGGAGCUACUCUUGGGAUAUCACACCCUAAGACAGUGGCUUUAACUGUCACCUCCCAUUGUGGCAAUGACAAGAUGGCUGGGUUGGGUUUUUUUUGUGAAGGGAAAAAAUGAACACAGUGAAAGAAGUCAAGCUGCCCUGCUGUAUGUGCUACACAUAAAAGCUGCACGAUGAGCAGUCACAGGAGCUAGUAAUCUAAGCAUAUGGAUGUUAGUAACCUAAUGCACUGAACUUGAAGAUUUCCAUUGUUUCUGGUGGUUAUAUGGUAAGUGCCAAAAAAAGAAAAAAAAACAACAAACCUUCUUCCAUAUCUUCUCACUUAAUUGAUGCUUCUUCCUAUUCUGUUUCAUCUACGUGAUACCCUUCCAUAUGAAUGAAUUCUGUUAAGCUUGCAGUAGAACAGACUUCAUGUGCUCAUCGAACUUGCUGAGUUCAGAGUACUUACAGCUGAAUAAAUAUUGCGUUCUGAUGAGGACUGGCUGUUCACCAUGAUGCAGCCUUGCAGAAAGGAACUUUACUGUUUUGGCAAAUGGUAAUUUUCCUGCUGCUGAGUCCUCAAACUCCUUUGCCUUUGGGUCUGGGUGCAAACAUAAAUAUGUGCAUAAAUGUGCAUUAAUAGUAUGUUUUGCAUUCUUGAAUAUUAUGUGCGUGCAUCCAAGGAGGAAAAAGGUAUAUAUCUAAAAGCAGAAGGAGAAUUGAUAGUCCAGGCAAACAGGCCACAUCCCUUUGCCUGUUGUGAGAAGCCAGGGCCAUUAUACAUCUGUUCAGUUGCUGUAAUGUUCUUUUUGUCAUGUUGAAAAGCCUCACUUGUUGGAUGUGUAAUAUCCUUGUAUAUUGUUGUAGUAAUGAUUUAUUACUAUUUUGUGCAAAACCUUGCUAGCUUUCUGUGGGCAAGGUUAAGUAAAGUUUUCUUUGUGCAA